AUGAUAAGGAUGAUUAUCGGACGAUUAACUCGCGCUUUAAGCUUGCCAAAGCUGCCCCAAAGGCGACAAUUUGUAGUUGCGACUGCACUAACACUGGGAAACUUCAUUUUUGGUCGCGAUGCUCGGCUAGCGGAUGCUAUGGACAGGGGAGAACUGUACAACAAGAAUAGUAAUGAUCAAAAGCCAAUCCUUGACACUUCUAUUGCAGAUUCUCGGCCCAUGAAGCCGAACUACAAAGGCCAUAUCCCAUUAUAUCCCCAUGAACGUGUGCUACUAUUUCUUGUGUCAGGGCUGAAGUCUUAUUUCCAUCCAGAGAAUGGUGAAAACAUUGUACAACUGGGAGAAGCUUCUGCUUUCACGUACUUUUUAAGAAAUUUGGAGCAGACUAUGCUUUCAGACAAGACCGGGAGACGCCUAUUGAGGGAGCAGCCAGAUAUCACCUCUGAGAGUUUAGACAUGGAUCAUUUGAGUAAAAUGGCCCCUAACACCUUGGGCCACAAUUACUACAGAUGGCUUGUGAAAGAGGGAGUCUCGCCGGAUACUAGAGCACCAGUAAAAUAUAUCAAUGACCCAACGCAUGCAUACAUAUUCAAGAGAUACCGUCAAUGUCAUGAUUUUUAUCAUGCUGUCAAUGACCUUCCCAUCAUCAUUGAGGGUGAAAUAGCAGUUAAGGCUUUGGAGGCUGCAAACAUAGGUGUUCCGAUGGCCGCGCUCGGUGCACUUUUGGCUCCUUUGCGCCUCAGCCAGGUUCAAAAAAACCGGCUUUAUGACGUCUAUUUGCCGUGGGCUGUUAGAACGGGUUUGAGCUCGAAGCCUUUGAUCAACGUGUACUGGGAAGAGCUCCUAGACCAUGAUGUCGAUGAAGUUAGGAAAAGCUUGAAUCUGUCAUCUCCCCCAGACCUAAGAGCCAUUCGGCAAGAAAGGGCUAGGCAGCGUAAGCAAUUUAAGCUAAAGUACGAUAAACAUGAGACAAAUGCCUAG